UGCCAAUUUAUGACAUAUGUCAAAGAGAGGUAAUCAAAUCUGUUAUUCUUCACUCAAAAAAAUCGUGUUUUUUCAUGUAUUAUUAUUUAUGCAAUCUACUAAGGAGUAACAUUCAUCGACGUUCUUCACAAAUCCAAAUUCACUUCUGAAAUAUAACUAGAAAAAGCUGUCAUGAGUUUUAAUGAAUACGUAAAACAGUUAGAACAAGUGAAUUUAGCAAUUCAAAGCUGCUCGGACGAAGACAGAGAUGAACUUUUAUCCCUCAAAAAUUCUUUGGAAGAAUUACUUUCAUUGGCUGGUGAAAAUGACUUCGAUCCCACAGAAUCAAAAGGACAAGAUGAAAAAAUUGACGAUGAAUACGCGCUUUUCAUGGCAGAAAUUAAUAGUGUUUCACAACCCGAUUCCAAUGCACCCAAAAGUGAAGAAGAUGAAGCUGAUUUGUCUGGUUUUAAGGAAAUGGAAGGAAAAAUGUGUAAAGCCCCCCAUACCAAUUUUAAAGCUAAAAUUGAACAUUUCAAGGCAGAAAUUAAUAGUGUUUCACAACCCGAUUCCAAUGCACCCAAAAGUGAAGAAGAUGAAGCUGAUUUGUCUGGUUUUAAGGAAAUGGAAGGAAAAAUGUGUAAAGCCCCCCAUACCAAUAAAUGGGGCAGCAAAGGAUAUCAUAAUGCUAUGAUAUGUUCAGUCAUUCCUCCAAAUGGUGAAAAUAAUACUCAAGUUAGAGUACUGUUUGUGAAUCCAACUCAUGAAGAAAUGUUACCAUGUCCUUAUUACUUUGAAACUGACUGUAAAUUUUCGGAAGAAAAAUGUAAAUUUUCUCAUGGUGAGAUAGUACCCCUGUCUGACAUACAAGAAUUUACUGAGCCUGACUUUGCAUCACUACAAACAGGUAGUGCAGUAUUAGCACUUCAAAAAAAUAAACUUUGGGGUAGGGCUAAAAUCACAAGGAUUCUUGAAGAUUCUUGCGUGGUGAAAUUUGAAACGGUCAAAAUAGAAAUGGAAUUGCCGUUCAAAGAAAUUUUACCUAUGACAGAUGAUAACCACGAUUCUGAAGGAAGUGAUGAGGAACCCAGCAUUGAGGGGGUAGAGAUAGAUCAGGAUGUUGUGAAUAUGAGUUUGGUGAACACUCCUACCGAUGGCCCACUUGGCGAUUGGGAAAAAUUCACAAAAGGAAUAGGUUCAAAGCUCAUGCAAAAAAUGGGAUAUGUUGUUGGUACAGGCCUUGGAAAAAGGUCAAAUGGAAGGAUUGAACCAGUAACUGCAGUUGUGUUACCCCCUAGAAAAUCAUUAGAUUACUGUAUGGGUCUAAGGGAAAAACACGGAGGUGACAAGAACUUUUUCAGUAUAGAAAAAAAAUUGGAAAAAAAGAAGCGAAGACAAGAAAAACGAAACGAAAAAAAACGAAAAAGGGCGCUAAAAAAGGCACUUAAAAAGGAGCAGAAGAGAGAAGAUGUAUUCAAAUUCUUGAACGAAACCCUUACCAAUGAGUGCAGCAGCUCUUCCACUGUGUACAACAAAACAGAACACAGACGUGAAAUUAAAGGUUCAUCAUGUAGAAAUUUGAAUGUGGAAAGUUUUAAAACAGAAGAAAACAUAAAAAAGACAGAAAAAGAUAUAAAUUUGAUUAAAGAAUCUUUGUCAAGACACACAGACACCAAUUCUUUGAUGCAUAAAAAUCUAAAACAGAGGCUGAAUUCUACUUUGAGCCAGUUGUCGGAUUUGCAAAAUCAAGCCCAAAAUAUCAAAAACGAACAGGACAACAGGAAGGACAAGAAAAAACUGACUGUGUUUUGAACCGUUUACAGUUUUAUUACAUUCGUAUACAUAGUGAUCAAAGAAAUUCAUUUAUCCAUACCAACAAUAUCGAAGAAUUUCUUACACCUAAUUACUUUCCUUAAAUUAUUUUAAAAAAUAAAUAAAUUAUUUCAAUUGUU